UGAAUGAGGGAGGCAGGGGGCAGAGUGGAGGAGGAGGAGUGACAGAAUGAACGAGUGAAUUCAUUCAACCUCAUCCAGCCCUGGUUGACUUCAUAGCCAACUGGCAAACACUCACACUGACACAAAGCCAUGGAGAGAGAAAAGAGGAAUGAGAAGUUCUUCUCCAGAAAGAGAAGUUUCACUUUUGGAGCAUAUGGAGGUGUGGACAAAUUUACAUGUGGGGAGACGGCGAGACCUGAAUCUGUUGAACGCAACAUACUGGAAAUCCUGGAUUCUCCUGCCAGUGAGACCAAGCCGUUCCUCUCUGCCAGCAGCAACCAAAAGGCGACAGAGUUAUUCGAGAUAAUAGCAAAGCUGCAGGGCAGCCGGAUAGAUGAGCAGCGAUGCGAGUUCCCGCCACCUCUGAAGUGCCAACUUUUACAGAUAGGGGGCGAGCCGACCCUCGUCGUGCCGCCAAAGCUGGGAGGCUACUGGAUAGACCCCCCCCUGCAGAGGCUUGUAGACGUGAGUCCCACCUCUUCCCAGUACGGCCUGGACCCGGAGUGCUACGACAUCAUGGAGCGGGACGGCGAGGCCAAAAUCUACCACGACUCCUUCCGCUCACGACACCAUCACUCCUUCACGGCGGUUGACCCUUCCCUGGGACCCUUAGUUCUCUCCGUGUGUUUGGAGGAGGAAGAACAACGGCUCCGGGUGAUACUAAGAACGAGGGAGUGCUCUUUGCAUGGGGUUUUCUCUCUCUCUCUUUUCCCUAACAUCCCUUCCUCUGUUGACUUAGCCAAGAUGCUCUGUGACAGUGUGACUGUCUCUAGGUUUGAAGUGGUCAGCUACCUCAAGGCUCCAGAACUCAUAGCAGCAUUUGAUGAGCACCGACUGACUCCCAAUUUCAAGUUUGGCAUCUUGUACCAGAGAGAAGGCCAGAUCACCGAGGAAGACAUACUUAGUAAUAACGAGGAAAGCCAAGGGUUUCGAGAUUUCCUGUCAAUUUUGGGAGAGACGGUUCAACUGCAGGGAUUCACUGGAUUCAGAGGAGGGCUUGACGUGUGUCAUGGCCAGACAGGAAGUGAUGCGGUCUUCACUUCCUUUCACGGGAGGGAAAUCAUGUUCCACGUGGCGACCAAGCUGCCUUUCACAGAGGGUGACCCACAGCAGUUACAAAGGAAGAGACACAUCGGUAAUGAUAUCGUAGCUUUGGUCUACCAGGAAGGUUGCACCCCUUUUCUUCCUGAUGUCAUCAGCUCCCAUUUCCUUCACUGUUUUCUGGUUGUCCGGAGAGUUCAGGGUGAGGAAGAGGAGGAAGCAGGAGCAUAUCAGGUAUCAGUCACAGCCAGAGAGGAUGUUCCUGCAUUUGGUCCGGUCCUCCCAGAUCCCCCUAUCUUCAGAGAUAGUGCUUUGCUGAGGCAGUACAUUCUGACCAAGCUGAUCAAUGCAGAGAUCUCCUGCUAUAAAGCUGAGAGAUUCAGCCGACUGGAGCUGCGCACUCGCACAUCGCUCCUGGAAGUUUUGCAGGCCGAACUCUCCACUCGCUCCCACUGCAUGAUGGGAGAUCCAUCACUGUCCUCCCUCUCAUCUUCUGAGGCAGUUAGGGUUGUUUCAGAGGGCAGCGGAGGCUUCAUUGAAAAUUUUAAGAGAGCCAUCAGAGUACGGAGUCAUUCUUUUGACACUCUUGGCGCACCCAAAAAGACUGGUGGGAGUGUAACGCAGAAACCUAAGAGUGUAUAUACAGAGAAAGACGGGGAGAGUAACAAAACACCAGGACUUCUUCAUCUCAUGGACAGUUGGGGAUCUGCCGAGCUCCAAGACCAAGCAAGUCCUCAAGAGGAGACAUAG